AUGCAACGACUAGUUGACCCGUAUCAGUAUAAUCGCUCGUGUGGGGGCAACUUACUUGCCUUCGUCAUGAACUGCAUACCUCAAGUGGUAAAUUACUGGGCGGGCUACUGCGCUGCGGGGGGCUUGGCUACAUGUUUGUAUCUGGGCUAUAUGCAGACCUUCUUCCUCAAGUCAUCUCAUGCUAUUGUCGUACUCAUGGCGUUGGAAAGAGCUGUGGCAAUCGUCUCCCCUUUUCGCCAUCCUCGGAUGUGGACAACAAUGUCCACACUGGUGGCAAUGGCGGUGGUCUUCGUUUACUCGAACAUCAUUGCGGCUUUGCCCUUUUUUGGAAUCAACAAGUACGGGUACAGAUCUUUCUGCUGGUUUACCUGGGACGAUCCUUCACCGCUGGGCCGUGCAUAUGUCUACUACUAUGUCACAGAAGGCUUCAUCCUCACCUCAGUCAUGGUUGUCUGCAAUAUUGCUGUCAUCAGAGAGCUUCUGCGCAUGCGCUAUGCUCGAGAAAGAAUGGGAAGAUCUUCCUUGGUGAAGCCAGAAUUCAUAGCGCUGAUGAUUAGCAUAUCGGUUCUCUUUAUCAUCUGUACUACUCCCCUAAUGAUUCGCAUGCUUUCUGUUCAGAUGGGUUUUGGAUUGUCUGCAGAGUGGGAUUUCCUGGCUAUGCGGUUCUUCAUCACUAACUCGGCUAUCAAUUCUCAUUUGUAUUGGGUUCUUAGGAUAGUAGUGGGUAAAAAUCUUUUGACAAGAGCGAUGGCUGCACUACGCUCCCUGAUACGACGCGGUUCUGCUAUCGUUACGCCGGUCGUGGAAAGCGAAGUUGGUGUCGAGAAAUCUGCAACGACGGCCAUACCACAAGUCCGCAACGACAGCGUCUUCUAG